AUUUGUAUGACACACGAAGAGACUAAAGAACAUAUAAAGAAAACCUGCUGUGACUUGUGUAAUGGUAGUUUUACAGAGAAAAAUCAUAAAGUUGCAGACCAUGAUCAUUUGACAGGUAGUUUUAGAAAAACGCUUUGUAACAGUUGCAAUUUAAAAUUAACAACGCCCAAGUUUGUUAACGUAUAUUUCCAUAAUCUUAGCUCGUACGACGGACACUUUUUAGUUAAAGCCCUUGGAAGAGAUACUAGUAGAAUAAGUGUAAUACCCGCUACAGAAGAAAAAUAUAUUUCUUUUUCAAAAUUUGUUUCAAACAAAUUUUCGCUAAGGUUCGUCGAUACAUUUCGUUUUAUGAGUACUAGUUUAGCGGCUCUCGCUGAAAAUUUGCGCGCCGCCGACAUAAAAUUAUUCAAAGAAACCGCAAAAGCGUUUUCAUCGGACGGUGACAUUGAUUUAGUGACCCGUAAAGGCGUGUACCCGUAUUCAUACACCUCAAGCUGGGAUGUACUCGAAGAAAAACAAUUGCCGUCAAAAGCCGAUUUUUAUAAUGAUCUNUCGAAGAAAAACAAUUGCCGUCAAAAGCCGAUUUUUAUAACGAUCUGUCAGAAACGCAUAUUGAUGAUGCCGAAUACAAACACGCACAAAACGUCUGGCAACAUUUCAAUUGUAAAACGCUCGGUGAGUACUCUGAUCUGUACCUGA